AAUAUCCAACCACUCCAGGCCCCCCAUCCCCCACAAUUUUCAAAAUUUCUACUCCAUUAGCCCCUUUCACACUCAAUCAAUCUCUUCAAUUCCUUAUCAGGAUUAAGUUCACUCUCUCUAGCACACAGUUACAGUGGAGGUAGACACAUGGCGCCGCCGGCGAGUUAUGUACAGAAUCUCAUUUUCGUCAUUCUAUGCAGCUUUCUACUGCAAUUUUUUAGCUUUGCGAGUUCGCAAUCGUUUAUCGGUGUAAACUACGGCAUAGUCGCCGACAAUCUUCCAGCUCCGGAGGCUACGGCGAAGCUUCUACAGUCGACGUCCAUCGGUAAAGUGAGGAUGUACGGUGCGGAUCCUGCGAUCAUCCGCGCACUAGCGAAUACCGGAAUCGGAAUCGUGAUCGGAGCAGCGAACGGCGAUAUACCGGCAUUGGCGUCGGACCCGAAUUUUGCGACUCAGUGGGUCAACUCGAACGUGUUGGCUUAUCCUGAUAGCAAGAUCAUCGUCAUCACGGUUGGUAAUGAAGUCAUGAGCUCAGUCGACCAAAGUCUUGUGUCCCUUUGUCUGCCUGCCAUGCAAAAUGUCCAAAAUGCCCUUAACGCAGCAUCGUUAGGUGGUAAAAUCAAGGUAUCAACGGUACACUCAAUGGCAGUGCUGGCAUCCUCCGAUCCACCUUCAUCGGCAGUUUUCAAUUCUGGGUUCAGUGACACAAUGAGAUCACUUCUGAAGUUUCACAGUGCAAAUGGCUCGCCUUUCAUGAUCAAUCCUUACCCGUUCUUUGCUUACGAGAGCGACCCACGACCUGAAACGUUGGCGUUUUGUCUUUUCCAACCCAACUCUGGCCGAGUCGACUCAGCCACCGGUAUCAAAUACCUGAACAUGUUCGAUGCCCAGGUAGAUGCUGUGAGGUCUGCUCUAAAUGCAAUGGGGUUCAAGGACACGGAAAUCGUGGUUGCAGAAACAGGGUGGGCUUACAAGGGUGACCCGAAUGAGAUUGGACCCAGCGUGGAUAAUGCGAAAGCCUACAACGGUAACUUGAUCAACCACCUAAGAUCAAAGGUCGGAACACCAUUAAUGCCUGGAAAAUCCAUCGAUACCUAUAUAUUUGCACUCUAUGACGAGAAUUUGAAGCCCGGUCCGGGCUCUGAGAGGGCGUUCGGGCUUUUUAAACCUGACCUCUCCAUGACUUAUGACGCGGGUCUUUCGAAGAACAGUCAGACUCCGACGACACCAACAUCACCGGCGACUCCCACAACUCCGGCAACACCGUCACCGGUUCAAGCAGCAGGGUGGUGUGUGCCGAAACCAGGUGUGUCUGAUGCGCAAUUGCAGUCGAAUCUAGACUAUGUAUGUGGUCAAGGGCUUGAUUGUGGUCCGAUUCAACCUGGUGGUGCCUGUUUUGACCCCAACACAAUAGCAUCCCAUGCUGCUUAUGCAAUGAACCUCCUUUAUCAAACUGCUGGUAGGAAUCCAUGGAAUUGUGACUUCGUUCAGACCGCUGCACUUACAUCCAAUAAUCCUAGUUACAACGGUUGUAUUUAUCCUGGUGGAAUAUGAGCCUUUUAUUUAACUCUAAAAUUAAUUUUGCAUCAUAAUUAAUUAUUGAUAUAUGAAAGACCCUUUUUAACACUUCAAUUGUUAAAAUAAGGCAAUCGAUAGAUGUUGUAACUAUAACUACUUGACGAUCUUGUUUUUAUUAUUUUGUAAAUCGUAUUGGUGUUUGGUUGCCCAAAACUUAUACUACC